CUGUAGGAAUUGGAGAAGUUGCCUGACGAUGAGAAGGAGAGGGUGCUCAAACAGUACAGUCUGCACGACAUACUCGACGAUUUAGGUGUCGAUAUAGACGUUCACGAUGACUUCCAGAUGGAGGUUCCAGGCAAGGUGAUAUACUUCUACGAAGAUGCGGCUGCUGAGAAUGAUGCCGAGGAUAAGGGCGACCUGUACAACAUGGUGCUCUGCGAUGCGUUGUUCCCUUCGUUCACGAGGAUUAGCAUAGAUCCCAGGCUGGUCUUUGACCAUGCGUGUGCUUCGUACGAGUCGGCGUUCAAGCGCUUAACUCGGGCUAUGAAGGAUAGAGCGGAGGGCGAGAGCGAGAAGGACCUGGAAGUGGCUCCAGAAACGGAGAAGAAAGUGAAGCAGCUCGACGAAUGAGGGAUUGGAAUGAACCGAUUGUACCUGUGAAUACUAGGUGGUUGUAGUGGUUUGGGUUCCAAUGGGAAUGUUUAGGUAUAAAUUAAAGAUAAACGGGGUGCACUGGCUUGCUUGCCCACUUUUAGUUUAUGUACUUUCAUCUAUACAGAGCAUCAUGCCUGGGAUCUGAAACCGUACUCACAUCGAAACAUUGAGGUUGCUACUUGACUUUUACGGGAUGGAGUGUCGUCAGUUGCCAAUAUUUGUGAUUCGGAUAACGCUCAGCGGACUCACAACCGAUACAUCUCGCAACGGAAGCUCUGCUGUAUAGUAUAGGCGAACCAUCGAUAUCCAUAUGUAAUAAAGUUACACCACGAUAUAGCAA